AUGGGUGCCCUCGACGAUGCCCACCUCAUGACGAAGUGGGCAGAGGUGGCCAUGGAGGAGGUGUUGUCUUCUCAGAAGAGUAGCGAAGUUGACGAAUUUUUCGAAGCAGAUGCAAUGCGCUCUUUGACACCAGACAAGAAUGAGUGUCGCUGUGAGGAAGAUGUAGAUUCAGAGCAGGACAUGUCUGUCACUGCAAAGCUUGGUGAGUGGGACACAGAGAGCUGUGCAGACCGGGUGUUGUUGUGCACUGAUGACGCAGGGUGUGCAACCAGUGUUCGUCCGCUGUGGUGGGUGACCCUUCUUCGACAGCACCUUCCAAUACCCGACCCUUCCGAUAAGUCCAGGCUGCCAGUCAAGGUCCUCUCUGGGUGUUCUGGCAUGCUCUCCGAGGCGAAGGUUUUCGAGGUGCUUGGAAUCCCCUUCGAGUUGCACAGCGUCUCAGACCCAGACGUGCAUUGCCAAUCGGUGAUGCAAGCAAACUUUGCCCCACCCCACAUGUACAAGGACUUGAAAGCACAGAUGCAAGAUGGCGGGUGUCUUCUCCACCCACACGUGACCACAUGUCGCCCAGAGGGGAGCUUUGGGAAGUGCGAUUUCUUCCACGCGGGCUCUCCCUGUCCACCUUUCUCGGUGUAUCGUGCCAAGCGACACAGUAGUGGUAGCGUGGCUGGCCACAAAGAUUUUGACGUUAGUCUGCAGCUCCUACAGUGGCUGCAAGCUUUUGAACCGGAGGCAGGAUGCUUGGAGCAGGUCUGCGGAUUCGGGCUGGCAGAGGACGCCUCCGACGACAGUUCCCCGCUGGAGAGGCACCCAGUUAGUCAGUCGGCUUGCCUUGGAUUUUUCCUUCUUCUUGAUGUUCUGACUCGACACUUAUCACUGGUCCCUGGUAACCCUGGUACUGCUGAGUGUAGUCUUGAGUGUUGA